AUGGCGUUGACGCCCCAGACCUCCGACUCGCCCACCAGUCUGGCGUCGACUCGCUUCGUCCAGGAGCCGAUUGCCGUGGUCGGCAUGGCCUGUCGACUCCCCGGGGGCAGCAACUCGCCCAAUUGCCUGUGGGAGUUCCUCAUGAGAGGGGGCGUGGCCGAAACAGCCGUCCCGGAGUCGCGCUUUCACCAGCGCGGCCACUUCGACGGGUCGGGCAAGCCGCGAACCAUGCGGCCGCCGGGGGCCAUGUUCAUGGAGACGGUCGAUCCGGCGGCCUUCGACGCCAAGUUCUUCAACAUCGCGCCGCAGGAUGCCGUGUCGAUGGAUCCGCAGCAGCGGAUUCUACUGGAGGUCAUCUACGAGGCGCUGGAAAAUGCCGGCAUCCCGAUGGAGGCGCUGUCGGGGGAGAACUAUGGGUGCUAUGUCGGGGCUCACACUGGAGAUUAUUGGGAUUUGUUCGCCCGAGACCCGGAUUCACGGCCACCGAGUGUCGGUCUGGGGGUCGCCGCGACGAUGUUGAGUAAUCGGGUCAGCCACUUCCUGAACAUCAAGGGCCCGAGUGUGCCGGUGGACACGGCCUGUUCCAGCUCGCUGGUGGCCAUGGACAUCGCGUGCAAAGCCCUGCACAACGGCGAGAUUAACGGGGCGAUCAUCGCGGCGGCGAGUUUAAUUCUGAAUCCGGAGUAUGGUUGCGAUGUCGGCUCGAUUAGGAACACACACUCUCCAACUGGCCGCUGCCAUACCUUUGACGCCAAAGCUGAUGGCUAUGUGCGGGCGGAAGGGACGAAUGCGGUCAUCCUGAAGCGUCUCGAUGACGCGCUGCAGGCUGGCGAUCCCAUCCAAGCGGUCAUCCGGGGGAUAGCGAACAACCACAAUGGCCGUACCCCGGGGAUUGCGUCACCCAGCGCGGAAGGCCAAGCGGCGGUGGUCAGGCAAGCAUACGCGAAUGCAAAUAUCACCGACUACUCGUUCACGGGCUACCUGGAGUGUCACGGAACAGGGACAUUGGUCGGAGACCCAGUCGAGGCCACGGGAGCGUCGUCAGUCUUUGCGGCGUCCAGACCGGCGGAUCAACCGCUACUCAUGGGAUCGAUCAAAAGCAAUAUCGGACAUUCGGAGCUCCCGGCCGGACUGUCGGGAUUGAUGAAGGCAGUGAUGAUCUUGCAGACGGGGCAGAUCCCGGGAAAUCCAACCUUUCUUACGCCCAACCCUCACAUUGAUUUCCAAACCUUGAGACUGCAGGUCAGUCGGGAGGCUACGGACUUCCCCAGUAUGCCUUUCCGUCGGGUGGGCGUGAACUGUUUCGGGUUCGGCGGGUCGAACUCGCACGCCGUCAUGGAUGAACCGGCAGCUGUCAUUCAGGACUACGAGGCAGCUUAUACAUGGUCCCACCGAGCCCAAGCCCUGGAAGCCGGGGACGGGGGUAGCAGACCGUACCUGCUUUGUUUUUCCGCCAACGACGAGACGUCCCUCAGAUCCUACCUAGAGAGUAUGACCCAACACCUGAAUAAGGCCGAUGUCAGCCUUCGACUGCGCGAUCUUGCCUACACACUGGGCACCCGAAGAAGCCAGCUGUUUCACCGGGCAUACAUCGUCUCCGACCAACUGCACCUCCAGCUCCCGCCUGCCGUAUACGGGAAGAAGAACAUCCGCCACCCACAGAUUGGAUUUGUCUUCACCGGACAGGGAGCGCAGUGGCCAGAGAUGGGACGAGAGCUGAUGGAGGUCUUCGAGCCGGCACGCGCGGCCAUUCGAAACUUGGAUAGCGUCUUGCAAUGCCUGGCCAACCCGCCUGCGUGGUCCCUGUACGACGAACUGACCGAGCCCCGCAGUGCAGAACACGUCCAACAGCCCGAGUACAGUCAGCCACUGGUCACAGCACUGCAGAUUGCCUUGAUUGUGCUGUUUCGGAGCUGGGGAGUGACCCCGAAGACCGUUGUCGGCCAUUCAUCGGGCGAAAUCGCCGCUGCAUUUGCAGCUGGCUAUCUGACUGAGGCGGAGGCAAUCGUGGUCGCGUAUCAUCGGGGUCAAGCAUCCAAGGACCGGCGUCAUGGUGCCCCGUUGGGCAUGCUGGCUGUCGGCCUGGGGGCAGAUGAAGUCUCGCAUUCUAUCAAAGACGUGGAAGAUGUUCAGAUCGCGUGCUACAACAGCCCCAACAGCGUCACCCUGUCGGGGACUGCCAGCUCACUCCACGAGGUCAAGGAGAGACUGACGAAGGCCGGGGCCUUUGCGCGGAUGCUGCAGGUGGAUAUGGCCUAUCACUCCACGUUUAUGAGCGAGAUCGGAGAAACGUACGAGCGUCUUCUCGUCCAAGACCUGCCACCCACAUCCUACGCUGAGGCAUCGGACACCAUUAAAAUGUACUCUUCUGUUUCCGGCACAAAACAGCGGCAAUCGCCUGAUAUUGCAUACUGGAAAUCCAACAUGAUAUCGCCCGUUCGCUUUAACGAGGCCGUGCAAUCGAUGAUAUCCGAAGAGUCCAUCGACUUUCUGCUUGAGAUCGGUCCGAGCGGGGCCUUGAAGGGGCCUAUCUCCCAGAUUUUGAGUAGUCUAUCUGACACUCCGUCCAACAAGAGAUACAUCCCGUCUCUAAGUCGAGGGAACGGUUCAAUCAACGCAACGCUCGCAGUAGCAGGCCAACUCUACCUGGCCGGACUCCCAAUCGACAUGGCCCAAGUAAACGAGGAUGCAGAACCCCGACCGCCACUGGUGAUCGUCGACCUCCCAAAUUACAGCUGGAACCACACCACGAAAUACUGGGCGGAAUGCUCCGCCAGCCGGGACUGGCGGUUCAAGAAGUUCGUGCACCACGACCUGCUCGGCAGCAAAGUCCUCGGGACAUCGUGGCACGCGCCCACAUUUAAAAAGAUGGCGAACCUGUCGCAUGUGCCAUGGCUGCAGGAGUAUCGCGUGGGGGGCAAAGUGGAAUUUCCGAGAUCGGGAUACAUUGCCAUGGCGGUUGAGGCGAUGUUCCAGAUCAGCAUGAUGAAAGAAAAGGGUUCGGCCGUGGUGGGGGUGAAUGAGCUGGGCUAUCGGCUGCGGGAUGUUCGCUUCGAGGGGGGCCUUGUUAUGCAGAAUGACGCCGAGUCGGAGAUGCAUCUUUCUAUGCAUCCCGUGCGUGGGUCGAAGGGGUGGUACGAGUUCCUCGUCUUGUCGGUGCAGGAUGAUAUGACCACCGAACACGCGAGCGGACAAAUUCGUAUCCAGGAUCCAGUUGCCACAACAGCAUCGGAAAGCGACCGUGGUCCCCUCGAACAUACAACACCGGGACAUCUCUGGGAUAAGGCAUUUGCCGAGACGGGCUUCGAUCACGGGCCGGCAUUCCGACGACUCCAAAAGGUCGAGACGCGAGCAGGGAUGCGUCAUUGUCGGUCCCUGGUAGCGCUUUGUGAUCCCCCCGUUCCCUAUGAUCCGCAGUCACUGUACCCGAUUCAUCCCGCGGCGUUGGAGGGCAUCUUCCAGGCCAUCACACCGGUGAUGUGCGCCGGAAUGCGCGCUCGUCUUCGGGAAUCGCUCGUCCCGUCCACAAUUCAAAAUGUUAUCAUCAACCCGAGCGGCGAGCGGUCAGAUACCGGACUGGCUGUUGCGGGCGUGUACUCGGGGCUUGGACGUCAGGAUACCCAUUCGGGCAGUGCAUCUCUCUACGAUCAUGCCACUGGAUCCCUGCUGGUCGAAAUGGAGGGUGUAUCCUAUCAACCACUCGAUCUGGGCAUCGACCCGAUAGCGUCGCAGUGGUUGACAAGGGACCUCUGGAUACCAGAUAUCACUGCGCUGACUCGCGAAAGCAUCCCCCGUCUGCGGUCGGAGGAUCCCGUAACAACCGUCCUGGAAUUAGCUGCAGGUCAGAGACAAGCACCGGAUAUCCUGGAAAUCGACAUCGGCUGGGGAGACGACGAGAGUAUCUGGUUCCACGGUCCAGCGCGACUUGCACACCGUCGAUACGGCUUCGUGUCAGCAGAUGCGGCGAAAGUUGGACAAUUCCAACAGCGCUACGGCAGCGAGAAGAAUAUUUCGUUCCACGCCCAAAACAUCACAGCUAUGAGCUUCGAUCACAAAUUCGACCUCAUCAUCGUAAAAGCCGCCUCAGAAGACGAAACCCGCCUUGCCCUCGAAGCCAGCAAGCACCUCCUCUCAUCUGACGGCCAUGUCCUAAUCGCCGGACGGGUGGACGGCUUCUUCGCUAUUCUAUCGGAAAUAGACAGCGGGCUGGGCUUUGCAAAAAUCGUGCCAAUUCACUACAACGAGAGUCCUUACUUCCUCUGCACCCCCAAAAUUCACACCACCCCGAAACCCGUACACAUCGUCUUCCUCGAACCCAACCACCUGCCCCCAGACAUGUGCACCACCCUCACUAAAGCCGGCUGGGAGAUAAUCACACACACCUGUCCCGCCCUAGAAAUCCCCCCGUCCAGCACGGUCCUGAUUAUCGACGAGAUCUUCGCCCCCGUCCUCACGCAAGUCUCCGACGAACAAUGGGCUUGCCUCCACCGACUCAUCACGAUUGGCUGCAAGCUCCUCUGGGUGACGCAGGGGGCGCAAAAGCACGUAACGGAGCCCGAUAACGCAUUGGUAUGGGGCCUCUUCCGGUCUAUCCGAUCGGAGGAUCCCUCUGCGACGAUCAUGGCGCUGGACGUGGAGGGACGCGAUGACCCGUUUGCGGCGCAGGCUGUGGUGCAUGUGCUGGCGCAGCUGGAGCGGCCGAGGGCGCGCUGGGUCGCGGAUAAUGAGUACGCGGAGAGGGAUGGGGUCGUGUAUGUGCAUCGCGUGGAGCCGUUUAGGAGGCUGGAUGAGGCGAUGGGGGGGCUGCAGCGUCUGGCUGUACAGGAUGGUUUUUUGUCCGGGCUGCGAGGGGACGGGAUGUCCUCCCAGCUAUUAGAUGGUACUUUUGACUCGGCAGACAGACACGUCGAGAUGGAGAGCGCUGUCACAGCGAACGAGGAUGCCAGUGCUUGUGCUCUGGUACCGGACCUGCAUCCCCAGACCAAUCUCACACACCCUCCACUCACUAUCACCACCACGACCACCACCAAACCCAACAGCAACAACCCCGUCCCCACCUACCUAAUAACCGGCGGCCUGAAAGGCCUCUGCGGGAGCAUCGCCCUCCACCUGGCCAGCCAGCAGCCCUGCCACAUCAUCAUCCUCUCCCGAAGCGGAUGCAAUGACCCUCGCUCACAACACAUCCUCCACCAACUGCACCACCUCGGUAGCACCACCCACCCCUUAACCGGCUCAAUAACCAGAAUCACAGACGUCCGCCGCGCCUUCAGCAAAUCCCCCACCCCACUCAGGGGAAUAAUCCACGGUGCAAUGCACCUGCACGACCGACCCUACGAUACGAUGACAAGCACCGAAUUCCACAUCGCGCUGGAAGCCAAAAUCCACGGAACAUGGAACCUGCACAACGUGGCGAUGGAGAAGGGGCUCUCGCUGGAUUUCUUCCUCCUCUUAUCGAGCAUAUCCAGCGUGGUGGGGAGUAAAGGACAAGCGAACUAUGCGGCGGCGAAUUGUUUCAUGGAUGCGUUUGCGGGGUAUAGACGGGGACUGGGGGAACGGUGUAUGAGUGUGGCGCUGGGGGUGGUGGAGGAUGUGGGCGUCGUGGCCGGGUCGGAGGAUCUGACGAGUCGACAUGGGGGGUCGGUGGAGGUGGUGGGCAUUACGGAGGGGGGGUUGUUGGGGAUUGUGGAUGUCGCGGUGGGGUAUCAGAUACAGCACCAGGCUCGGGGGAAGGCGCAGGAACGCAAUGGUGAUGAUGAUAUAUCCCAGCUCAUCACAGGCCUCCGUGUCCCGCAAGACGCAGAACAAUCCGGCCUGCGUUUCGACCUGCGCUUCAGCCGACUCUUUGUGGGCGAUACCCCCGCCGCAGCGAAAAGCGACCCGCUCACCACCGCAAUACAAACCUUCAAGAACAUCCUCCACUCAGAAACGCGGCAAGGCCUACUCGAAUCCUGUCUCUCGGCACUGAGUCUCCGGCUGGCGCAGAUGCUCCGCUGGGACGAAGACCAGGUGGAGCCCGGACAGCCGCUGUCGGUGUACGGGUUGGAUUCGCUGGCGGCAGUGGAGCUGAGGAAUUGGAUCCGGGCGGAGAUGGGGGCGGUGCUGAAGACGAAGGAGAUUGUGAUGGCGGCGAGUCUGAUUGCAUUGGGGGAGGGGGUGGUGAGUCGAUUGGGGAGUAGAUCUGGGGGGGGGGGUGAGGAGUUGUGA